UCUGCAUCAAUUCUGUAAACGUCACACGUCACCUAUCCCAAUUGACAGUAGUGACAUACAAAAAAAGAAAAGAAAAAAAGGAAACGAAUUAAGAAAGUUGACAACAUGUACACGAAGAUUUUUUCUAAUUAAAAAGAUAUAACAAUAAAAAAAAUCACACGUAAGAAACAUAUGAAUCUAUUGUGACGUAGGAAACUCCAGUAUUUAUUCGAUUUACAAACGAAACGGUGUAAUAUUCAGAAAUCAAUUUGCAUUUGGUGGUAGACAAAAACACAACCGUCUGGCAUUGAAUAAUGUACAUUGAAUUGGUUUUAAAAUUCAAUUUCUAAACUUUGUUGUGUGUUAAAAUUACUAGGGCCAUUUGAUUCGAUUGAAUGGUGUAUGUGACGAGACUGAACGACAACACAAUUGUGAAAAUCAUCAACGGAUCGAAAUCUAUUCCGGCUGAAAGUUGGUGAUAUACACAAGAAACCAUGUCUAUGCCAGGCAACGGAAUUUUUGUGCUGAGAGGCGAAAUCUCAACAUUGAUGACCGCCAUCAAACGUGGCGCACGAUGGAAUAGCUCAAAUUAUCAGGAAGAGGAACAAGAUGGAUUGAUGAAACAAUUUUCUGAGCUAAAAAAUCUGCUCAUCACGGUUGAAGAUUUACGUUUAAUCGAACCAAAGAUUUUCCUUGGUCCAUUUCUUGAAGUGAUACGAUCCGAAGAGACCACUGGACAAAUCACAAGUCUUGCAUUGUCUGCAUUGAAUAAGUUCCUUUCAUAUGGCCUUAUAGAUCCAACUCAUUCAACAAUCGCAACAACGGUCGAUAGUAUUGCUGAUGCAGUGACUCAUGCUCGAUUUGUUGGUUCCGAUCAGGCGUCUGACGGUGUUGUUCUUAUGAAAGUUGUACAGGUAUUACGCACAUUAAUACUCAGCCCGGAGGGCAGUGCGUUAACCGAUGAAAGUGUAUGUGAAGUGAUGCUUAGUUGUAUACGUAUUGUGUUUGAGCCACGUCUCAAUGAAUUGUUGCGACGGACCGCCGAACAGGUUUUGAAAGAUAUUGUUCUAUUGUUAUUUAUGCGUUUGCCACAAUUUGCUGUGGAACGUCAUACGAGCGGAUUGAUUCGAAAAUUGAAAAUGAUGUCGAGCGGCAGUGGAAUGGAAACAUCAUCAAAACGUCGCCGAUCGAUAAAAAAUGCAACUAAAAGUACAACAACGCAAAGUGCUAAACAGUCAUCGAAUGCAACAAGAAAUAUGUUAACAACACCGGCAACACGAUGCCCUGAAAUAGAGGUGAACUCGCCGAAAGUAUCGAAUACUUUUUAUGAUAAUGUGGCCACGCCAAAUCAAGCGUUAUUAAGUGUACAAAAAUCCAUUUUGGCCACAACACCAUCCACACCGCUUGUCGGUAAUAUUGUUGAUAUGCAAGGAAAAUUCAUGCAAACACCAAAUCCAAACGAUGUGUCCGAUGAUAAAUGUGAACAAAAUACGAUAAGCGAUUCGAAAAGUGACAACAACGACGGUGCAUCAAAUUCAAAUUCCGUCGAUAGCACUACGAUUGAAGAGACGGCCGAAAAUGAUGCUGAUGUUGAAGACGAACCGAUCGAUGAACAACACGUUAAAGCGCCCGUUGCCAUUCAAUCAAAAGAGGAACACGCAAGUACUAGCCUAGAUGCAAAUCCCAUUGUAAAAGGUGAGGAUUUUGUUAAUUCUAUGGGAGUUAGAUUUACACCACAAACUGAUAAUGAAUCAAUGGCAGUGGUGACGUUAACACCGUAUGGAUUACCGUUGAUACAUGAACUGCUGCGCUUUUUGAUAUCGUUGAUAAACCCAAUGGAUAAACAAAAUUCGGACGUUAUGAUCCAUAUGGGAUUGAGUUUAUUAACUAUUGCCUUGGAAGUUGGAGCCGAUAGCAUUGGCAAAUAUGACUCAUUACUUGAAAUGGUCAAGGAUGAUUUAUGCAGAAAUCUGUUUGCGCUGUUAGGUACUGAGCGCUUAACAAUUUUUGCCGCCGAUUUACAAGUGUGUUUCUUAUUAUUUGAGUCACAACGUAGCUGCUUGAAAUUCCAUUUGGAAUACUAUUUGAAUAAAUUGGCCGAAAUAAUUGGCAGUGAAAAUCCGCGUACACCGUAUGAAAUUCGGGAACUAGCUCUUGACAAUUUAUUGCAAUUUCUUCGAAUUCCAUCAUUUGCUGCUGAAUUGUUCAUAAAUUACGAUUGUAAUCUGUACUGUACGAAUUUACUAGAGGAUUUGGUCAAACUAUUGUCAAAGAAUUCAUUGUCGGCAACGCAAGCAAUUUACACAAUACACGAUCUGUCACUUGACGGUUUGAUGACAAUCGUCGUUGACAUCGAAAAGAAUUGCACGAAGCAAUCGACGGUGAAAAAUUCAAAUGUAAAUGUGGUCAAUAUUACUGGUCGUCAUUCGCGGAAUAAUUCGUCCACCGAUAAAAUCACACUGGAGCACACUAACAGUGAUUUGAAUGUAACGACAAGUGGUGGAGAAGAGAGCGGAACCAUUGAGUCCAUUCAUAGUUUUAUUAAUAAGAAAAAGCACUUUGGUGCCAAUAUCGAUACAAUUGAAGAAGGAUUGACCGAACAUGAAGCUCAAAAUAAAGCCGACAUCAUUACACAUGAUCAACUGAUUGAAGUCAAGGAUAGAAAACGAAUUUUAACCCAAGGCACUGAACUGUUCAAUAUAGAGCCGAAAAAGGGUAUACAAUUUUUGCAAGAAAAUGGAUAUUUGAAACCGGAACUUGAUGCGUCCGAAUUGGCACACUUUUUACGCGAUAAUUCCAGUUUGGAUAAGAAAAUGAUUGGCGAAUAUAUUACGAAAAAGAAAAAUCUUGAAAGUAAAAUUUUAGAGAACUUCCUGAAAACAUUCAAUUUUGAAAAUUUACGCAUUGAUUUGGCAUUGAGACAGUAUUUGGAAACGUUCCGCCUCCCUGGCGAAGCACCGCUUAUUUCACUGGUGAUGGAACAUUUUGCUGACUAUUGGCAUAAAAUGAAUAAUGAACCGUUCGCCGACACAGAUGCAGCCUAUCGGCUUGCAUACGCCAUAAUUAUGUUAAAUGUAGAUCAACACAAUACAAAUGCAAAAAAGAAAAAUAUCCCAAUGUCGGCCGAAGAUUUUACAAAGAAUUUACGUGGAUGCAAUGGUGAAGGUGAUUUUGAUCCGGAUAUGCUUGCAGCAAUAUUCAAUGCAAUCAAAAACGAUGAAAUCAUAAUGCCAGCGGAACAAACUGGUUUGGUGCGUGAGAAUUACUUGUGGAAAGUGUUGUUGCGUCGAAAUAAAACCAAAGAUGGUCGAUAUUUGCGUGUAAAUGGUGCCGCCGUCGACAAAGAUAUAUUCCAAUUGGUAUGGGGACCAACAUUGGCCGCAUUGAGUUUUAUGUUUGAUCGAUCAUCGAUUGAAAGUACAUAUCAUAAAUCAUUGAUUGCAUUUACAAAAGGUGCUGCAAUAUCGUCACAUUUUAUGUUGCAUGAUGAUUUCAAUGCGCUCAUUUUAACAUUAUGCAAAUUCACAACGCUUUUGAAUAAUUUGAAUGCAUCAAAUGCCGAUGCUAGUUCAGCGCUGGUUGUGAAUCCAUCAGCAAGUGCAACAAAUGAAAUAUCGACCAGCGUUCAUUUUGGCUUGAAUGUAAAAGCACAAUUGGCAAUGAAAAGCGUAUUCGGAAUGGUACACAAGCAUGGCGAUUGUUUACGAUGUGAUGGUUGGAAGAAUGUCAUUGAAGUGGUGUUGCAAUUGUUCAAAUUGAAAUUGUUACCAAAGAUUUUAAUGGAAGUGGAAGAUUUUUGCGAGCCAAGCGGAAAGAUCACAUUGAUACUAGAGAAACCGUUGCAAAAACAAGAAGUUGGAUUGUUUAGCAGUAUUUAUAUGUAUUUGGCGUCGGAAGGCCAACGACAACCAACCUAUGAAGAGCAACAAAUUAUUAAAGUUGCACGUCAAUGCGUUCGCGAAUGUCAAUUGGAUCAAAUUAUUGGCGAAUCGAAAUUUUUACACGUUGAUGCAUUAAAACAACUCAUUCAAUGCUUAUUAAAUUGGCUUAAGCCACCCAGUGUACCGAAAUCCGAAAAUACUUCAUACACCGAAGAUACGACCGUUUUCUUGCUCGAAUUUCUUGUGAAAAUUCUAAUCCAAAAUAGAGAUCGACUAUUGCCACUGUGGUCGGAUUGUCGUGAUCAAAUUUAUUUACUGCUACUGGGCAGUUCGUCUUAUGGAUACAACUAUUUAUUGCUACGAACAACAGUGGGCCUAUUAAAGCUCGCCAUCUAUUUAAUGCGCAACGAAGAACUCUGUCCGGUUGUAUUGCAAAGUUUGAAAAUGUUUUUGCUAUUGAAUCCAAAUAUCUUACUGAAGAUUUCAAAACAAAUUUCCACUGGAUUGUAUGAACUAUUGAAAACGAGUGCGCAAAAUAUUCAUACGGAAGGGGAUUGGGAUAUAAUAUUCACAUUAUUGGAAUGUGUUGGUGCUGGUGCAAUACCUGCUGAUUAUGAAGAGUCAUUGACUCUAACGCAAGCCUAUUUGGGUGCAAAAUCCGAAGGAGCCUUAAGUAGUGGUGAAGAAGAGUCGGCCGCUUCGGCAAUAGCCCAAGCUCGCGGUUAUAUAUCGGAUUCGGAGAUCUCAACGCGUCUUCAUGCCGAUACAGCAGUAGUGACAGCAACAUCAAAACCAUCACCGCAAGAGAAUUGGAUUAUUGUAAAUAAUAAAGAUUCAGAUGUAACAGUUACAUCGCGACCAACAUCGCCAAUUCAUUCGCUUGUUUAUCCAUGCAAAUUGAUGCGACAUUCAACAUUUGCAUUGGUUAAAUGCUGGGAUAGUUUGGCAUUUAUCGUUCGAAAUGUGGCCCAUAUAACGCCAUACAAUUUUGAAAGUUGUGUCAAAUGCAUUCGAACAUUUGUCGAAGCAUCAAUAAGUGGUGGCAAUUUAAAUCCAAAUGCAUCGGUGAAUCGAAAAUCAUCAUUGCAUCACAAUCGAAAUCCAAAUCGAAAGGCACACAAACGUCGUGAACAAAUGCAAUCGAAUAAUGGGAGUGUGGCAAAUGCGAGCGCUGCCAGCGCUGAAUAUCCAAUGCUAAAUGAUAGUGACGAUGAUAAUGAAGAUAAUGAAUUGUUACAACGAUACGAAACGAUUUCAAUUCAAUUGCUUGAUUUGAUGCAUACGCUACACACAAGAACCGCUCAAAUAUUCCGUUGGUGGGCCGAAGAGAAUGGAUCAUUUUUACAAGGUUCAAGACUAUGGAGCAUUGGAUGGUGCCCUAUUUUGCAAGGUAUUGCACGAUUGGCCACUGAUCAACGCAAACAGGUUCGAACAAGUGCUGUGACAUGCUUGCAACGAUCAUUGCUUGUUCCGGACUUGCAAACAUUAACAGGAUCAGAAUGGGAAUCAUGCUUCAAACAGGUCUUAUUCCCGUUGCUAUACGAUUUGUUGACUGAAGUGCCAACCAUUAAUAUAACAAGUAAUGUUCUUGAAGAGUCUCGAAUGCGAACGGCAACUAUUAUGUCGAAAGUAUUUUUGCAUCAUUUGACGCCUUUGAUCACACUGGCCAGUUUCAGUGAAUUAUGGCUUGAUAUUUUGGAUUAUAUUGAGAAGUUCAUGCGAGUCGGUUCGGAUAUGUUGCACGAAGCAAUGCUAGAGAGUUUGAAAAAUAUUCUGUUGGUGAUGCAUUCGGUGAAUGUUUUCCAUAACAAUAACGGUGUAACACAUACACCAUUGUGGGAGUUAACUUGGAAGCGUAUCAAUCAAUUUUUGCCAAAUCUCAAAGAGGAACUAUUUGAUAAAGAGCCAAUGCUUUCGAAUCGUGGACAAUUGGAAACUGGACCAAAGCCACAAAGUGUUAUUCAAAGUCCAACGGUACCAAAUAUGAGCCCGCCCGAAGUAUCGAAUCAGUUGCCAGAGCAAACAAUUCCAAUCAAUAAAUUAAGUAGUAUUAUUUUGGAGCCACCACAAAACACUCUAGUCCAUCCGAAUAUUUCAUUAAUGAGCGGAGUUGAGGCACAAACACAAAUUGUACCACAACAGCAACAGCAACAGAAUCAACAUAACGUAACUCAAAUUCAACAACCAUUCUUAGCGAAUUAUGUACCGUAUGCUGUUCCGGCACCAAAUGAUGUUCAAGCAGUAGAAACACCGAUUUCAACAGCACAUAUACAAACCAACUUUAUCAAGCCACCUGCUGUACUGCAACCGCAACAACAACAAGAACAGGAGCAGCUAUUAAACGUAUGUGAUCAAAUCGUAACACAAUCAAAUGUGCCAGUAGUGGGACAAUCAACCGAUCCAAUGGAAUCAUACACAAAUUACAGUCCAUAUGUUGAAAAGAGUCCAUGCAUAAAUCCACACUUUUCAAAAAUAAUCGAUUUGCCGGUAACACCAUCACCACCACCCAUUAUCGAAGAGCCUUCGGAAAAUAGUAUUGAUGAAUUAACAUCAAGCCCAAGCAAAACCAAUGACCAAUCACCAGUACAUAUCGAUAGUCAUGAACCAAAAGUACCACUUAGCCAUUUAAUUGCAACGAACCAAUAUCCGAGUCUAAAUCGAAUACCACCUGCGAACAUUGUGCAAAGCUUUGCACCAAUUUACAACCAACAACAACAACAGCAAGCCUCUUAUGGAUCAUCAAAUGAAAAUGAAGACUUAUACAGUUCGUACGUGAAUAAUCCGUACAAUUUGACAUUGCAUGUUGAACAAAGUUUUAGCAAUGCUACAUCAACAGCAACCGUCACCACAACCAAUCAGUCAUUGCCCGUUGCUACCACUACAGCUGAACAAACAAAUGUUAUCACAACAAAUGCUAGCAAUUUAAAUGUUUUCCAAUCUGUAAACUACUUUGGAGCUCCAUCGGAUGCACCCAUUCCUCCCGGUUCAGAGAUGCUCUUUGGCGGUCCAUAAAUUUAUAUUAUUUAGUCCCACAAUGUGCAACAUAAUGAACAGGAACAUUAAUUUUUAAUCUUUUUUUUCACACAAUAUCGUAUCGAAUGCAUGCGUGUGAUGCCACAAAAAAUGUAAGCAUCAUUCACUGUCUCUUUAUCGAGAAAAUACGUUAAUUAUAUGUAUACAUAUAUUUGUUUUUAUUAUUUCCUUUUUACCUUGCGCCACAUAUGUUGGUUGCGUUUUAUUUUAUUUGUUUCCUCACGCUUCAGUUUUCAGUCAUUUGUUCAUUGAAUUGAAUCGUUUCUGCAUGUAAAUUGGCAAAUUGAAAUACAAAAUAUUGUUUUAUACACCCGAAAUGUGAAAAAAUCAAUUUUAAGUAAAAUAAAUUAUGGCUUUUUAUUUAAAAUAAAUAAAUAAGCACGCAACCGUGAGCUGUGGAUACCACUUGAACCGACGAUAUUUGUAAUUGUAAUAAUGAAGACAAAACGACGAUAUUGAAAUUACAUUCCCAUCGAGGAAACGGAGGAAACGUGUUAUUUAUGAUUUUUCUUUCUUAAUAAAAUGAUCGUAGGAUCAUAUACAAUAUAUAUUAUUUACAUAUAUGUA